AUGGAAGAUUUGACAUUACAACAGGCUUUAUAUCAAAAUGAUAAUUUUAUGAUAGUCCGUAAAGGAUGUCCUUUCUGCGCAGAGGCCUCAAGGAUGUUACACUAUAAAAAAAUAAAAAUAACUGAAUAUGAUAAAGAUGAAUACACUAAGCUUAAAGAAGAAGCACAAGAGAAAUACAAACAUCGAACAUUUCCGUUAAUAGUACUUGAUAAACAAUUUGUAGGAGGAUGUAGUGAUUUAAAAAAGAAGUCAGAUAUUGAAUGA